ACACAAAAUCCAAAAAUAUUAGCUUACACCAAUAAAAAAGUAAUAUUAUAUAAUUAAAGAUGAAUAGUUGUGAUGUGAAAUAGAAAAGGGAAGAAAAGCAUGAGAAAAGAGGAGUAAGGAAGUUGAAAGAUGACAUGAAAGCUCUGCCUCCAAAUUAUAUAUACUCUCUCUCUUCACACCACACGUUGCCACAAAGUCGCAAGCAGAAUCCUGAAGCAAUUUCCUGGGCCCUUGGGAGUCUCGAUGCUUCAGGUGGAUUUGGAAACACUGGUGUCGGCGUGCGCGGGGGGAUCGAGCGAGCGGAAGAUAGCGUGCGAGAGCCUGGCCACGACGGAGCGGCAGCCGGAGUCGCCGCCGGAGUCGGUGUGGCUGUCGAGGGACGAGGAAUACGAGUGGUGGGACCGGAACGCCGUUUACGAGCGGAAGGAGUCAACGAAGGCCAAUUCAAGUUCAAACCAUGGGACCAACUCCAACAACAGCUCCCAGCGCUUCUCCCUCAAUUUCAAGUCCAAGGCUUCCACCAUCAUUGGCUUACCCAAGCCCCACAAAACCUCCUUCGUCGACGCCAAGAACCGCCGCCACCACAACAAGCCAAGCAACAUAAGGUUGUUCCCCAAACGCACCGUUUCGGUUGGAAAAUCGGACUCCGCUCUCGUCGAACCCUCCUCGCCCAAAGUCUCCUGCAUGGGGAGGGUCAGAUCCAAGCGGAAAACUUCCCGCAACACAACCACAAAAAAACCGGGUUUUUUCCACUCUCUUUGCGCCAUUUUCCGCUCAAACCGGAGGGAGCGGAAAGCCGAUCCGAAUGUUGCCACCAAGAACGUGAGCGUGAACGACGUGUCGUACGAGGAAGUGGUGCCGCGACGAAGCAGCGUGUCGGAGAGCGAACCGCCCGGUUUGGGUGGCAUGACGCGGUUCGCGUCUGGGAGACGGUCUGAAUCGUGGGGGGUGGGAGUGGGUGAUUCCGAGAGCCACGUGCCGCGAUAGUAUUGGCCAAGCUAAACCACUCUGCGAGGGAACCGCGAAGUGGGGCCCUCUGAAACUGAAACUGAAACCAAUUCAUAUAAAAAUCUCCACGACUCGCGAGUCUUUUCUGUGGGAGUGGGACCCAGGCCUUAGAAGAGUGCUUCCGAGGGUGAUGACGUGGCAUUUUUAUUUUUUUAUUUUUAUUUUUUACUUUGUACUGUGAUCGAAUCGAAUUGAAUUUGCUGGGUUGGUGUUUUUACAGUGACAGAGUUUUGUAAAUAUACAAGAGUCAUGAGUGUGUGUUUUUUUGUCUGAGGUUGAGCAUAUGUAAAUUUUUCUCUCCUGGGUUUCAAUAAUUGCGGUGCACGCGUUGCCGCUUCCGAUUAAAACAAAAUUAUGAAGCAUGGGUGCUUCUUUUGUUUACUUGUUUCACUCUUUCUGAAUUCUAUCUAGUUAUGCCAGAAUUCUACCUAGAUCAUGCAUCCAAUCGAGGCUAUCCCUAUCUCGACCGCAGACCGCAGUUACCCAUUUCAG